GCUGUCUAUCCCCAAGAAACACCAGUCAGUUUCAGGCUUGUGCUCAGUGAGUCAGUGGCGACGAACUCCGCCGGUUACGAUGCUGAAGGCUCUUCCCGCGCGCUUCCUCUCCUCGCCAGGGCCUGGCGGAUGGCGCCAGCGGACUCGCCGACGAUCUCCGCAGCCGGUUUCGGCGGCGCUGAUGACCGACCCGGCGUACUUCGAGGUGGGCAGAUUAUUGGGUAGCUAUGGCUUCAUGAACGUCACAAGUUAUUCAUCUUCUCAAUCUGGAGGGCUUCCAAAUGUUGCUGGCAUUCAAGACCUUAGCCUUGGGUAUUCACAAGAAGAGAUUGAGCGACUAAGAGUCCAAAAUGUUGGAGAAGGAGAAGUGAAGAUUAGACUCUACGAGGGAAGAGUGGUUCAAGGUCCAUUGAAAGGCAUAGAAACUGUAUUUAAGGUAUACCCUGGAGCCAUUGCUGGUGCUUCUGAAGAUAAUUUGAUGGCAUUGAAUGAGCUGAGGACUCAUGCUUUUCUUCAGAAAGAUAAAAGGGAUAUCUGUGAGAACAUUCAGUUUCUGUUAGGAGCCUUUGAGACUGCUACUGGAGAGCAGUGGCUUGCCUUCCGUGAUGAUGGGAGAUAUAGUGCUGCAGACUAUGCAAAAAUAACCAGUGAAAUGCUGUUGAAGGAGCGACCUAAUUACUGGAAUCCCUAUGAUCGUGCAUACAAAAUGGAAUUUAGGAGAUAUUUUGUCCUUAGGCUGCUUAAUGGAGCUAUGUGUGGCCUUGCCCACAUGCACAAGCAUGAUAGACUGCACCAAAGCAUUGGCCCUUCUUCUGUUGUUCUCAACACUGUUGCAGAGAAAAAUGGAUAUUAUUUACUUCCACAGCUCCGUGAUUUGGCAUUUUCUGUAGAUGUCGGGUCUUCGUCUCUUGAGGUUGGAACAUUAUCGGACAGUCUGUGGCGUCGAGCAUCUGCUGCCGGAGCAUCAACACCUUUUGAGAAGCGAGCUUUUGGAGUAGCUGAUGACAUAUAUGGAGCUGGGUUGCUUGUUGCAUACAUGUCAUUUAUUCCGUUUUGUAAAGCAGGCAUCAUGGAUGGCAUUUCCUUGCAGAGACUUUUGGAGAACACCUUCCGUCUCGACAUUUAUGCUGCAAGAGAGUAUUGUCUGGAAGAUGAUCAAUUGUUGGAAGCUGUAUUAUUUCUAGAUUUAGGUGAUCGUGCCGGCUGGGAAUUGCUGCAGGCAAUGCUUAAUCCGGAUUACCGUAAACGACCAACUGCCGAGGCUGUGCUGAACCAUAGGUUCAUUACUGGGGCCGUAUUAUAGAAAUAAUCAUCACCUGGAUUUCGCUUGACCAUAGACAGUAGACCAUAUUCCUGUUUGUGUGGAAAUAUGUCCAAAGUUAACAGUGUACCCAAGCUAGAGGAAUUUUGUAUAUAUGUACGCAGAUCUUUCUUGCGAAUUCCGCUACACAUGUUCUUGAGUUCUAAGAGACUUUGAAUGAUUA